AUGGAUGUGGCCCCUAUCUUUCAAGCUUCUGGUUUCGGUGGUCUUAACGGCUACUGGGGUCAACUCGGAUCGGAGUCUCUCACGUCUUACUGUGACACUCGACCCGAAUAUGUCACACUCUCUUUCGUGAACCAAGCCCCUGAGCACAGCUCAUCAGGCCUACCUGGUACAAACUUUGCUGGGCAUUGCGCAGCUGGCACCUAUCAGGGCUCUAACCUCCUCAAUGAGUGCCAGACAAUCAAAGACGCCAUAACAUACUGCCAAGAUCGCGACGUCAAGAUUCUUCUGAGCAUUGGUGGCGUCUACAACGACGGAGCCAGUAACUAUAAAGUAACAAGCGAUGAAAACGGUCGGGCGUUUGCCGAUAUCCUCUACAAGGCCUUCGGUCCUCACAAUGAGUAUUCAGGCCUUGUUCGGCCCUUUGACAGUGUUGAUGAGGAUGGCAAUGCUAUCUACAACGCGGUCGAUGGUUUCGACUUUGAUAUUGAGCAUAAUCUUCCUAACGGUCCUUACAUUGCCAUGAUCAACCGACUCCGCGAACUCGAUGACGGACUCAUUAUUACUGGUGCGCCCCAGUGCCCAACUUCGAAUGAAUGGUUCUACAUGAAGGAAAUGAUUCAGUCAGCCAAGUUCGAUGCUCUUUUUGUUCAAUUUUAUAACAAUCCUUGGUGUGAUGCCGUGCCCCAGGGUCUUGUCGGCGAAGGGUUCAACUACGACAAGUGGGUUGAAAUCAUUGAGGAGAGCGAAUUCAGCAAAGAAGCCAAGCUGUAUGUCGGUCUUCCUGCUAGCGCAGCCGCUGCCCCAGGUGGAGGUUAUCUCGAGCCUAAGGACAUGAAGGAUCUUGUUUGCGAACUUACGGAAAAAGACCAUUUUGGUGGUAUCUCUCUCUGGGACCUGACCCGUGGAGCUGGCAACAUUGUUGACGGAAAGAGCUAUAACGAACACGUAAUGGAUGCCCUCAAGUAUGGCUGUGAGCCUGUGCCAGUUCCCACCACCACCACCAGCGCCAUGACCACUACUACGGAAGAGGCCUCUACCUCUACUGAUGCUACAACAACCGAGGUCACCACGACUGAAGCCACUACAGCUGAUACUACCACUACAUCUGGUGUCUAUACAACUACUGGUGCUUCUUCGACUGAGGAUACUACUACGACUGACAACACCACUGCCUCCGACUUCUCCUUGACCGAUGCCUCUUCAACUGAAGGCACCACGGCUACCUCAGACGCUUCCGCUUCCGCUUCCACUGAUGCUACCUCUUCCACCGCUUCAACCGAUGCUACUGCUUCUACUGAUGCUGCUGCUUCUACUGAAGCUACUGCCUCUACUGAUUCUAUUGCCUCUACCGAUGCCACCGCUUCUACCGAUGCUACUGCUUCUACCGAAACGUCUGCUAGCACUGGUGCAGAUACUUCAAGCGUUGCUGCUGGCUCUGCCACUUCUGAUAUCUCCGCGACAGCCACCCAAUCUUCUGCUGAUAUUACUGAGGCUUCAGCAACCGGCAGUGUUUUGAGCAGUGAUGCCUCUUCUGCUACGUCUGAUUUGACUGCGAUCACUGAGGCUUCCGCUGUCACUGAGGCUGCUUCCACCUCAACUGCAGAUAUUCUUACAGAUGUCUCGGGAGUUCCAGAAUCGACUGCAUCGGAUGGAGAGACUGAACCAGCCACUAUUUCGACGGCUUAUGGCACCUUCAGGGGCUGGAACGCCACAUCAACCGGUGCUCCUGCGUACACUCAGACAUACGGCAACCCUGCUACACUUGUCCAUUCGGGCUCUGUCACGACCAAGGGAUCACCCAUCUACACCAACUACCCUGGAAACACGAAUGCUAUCAGCGUGACCACCAGCACUGUCUGCACUACCCGAGUUCAUACGGUUACCAAGUGCCCCCCUGAGGUUAUCGAUUGUCCCUAUGGAUCUGUCACUACUGAGACUAUUCCUUUGUACACGACUGUGUGCCCAGUCACUGCUAAGGCUGAGCCUACCGGUUAUGCCUCUCAGUAUGCUGCUCCUCCCCAAUACGAGACCAGGACUGUAUACAGUACAAGCGUCCACACAGUCACCAAAUGCGCUCCUGAUGUUAUCAACUGCCCUUACGGAUCUGUUACCACCGAGACUAUCCCCGUCUACACUACUGUCUGCCCUGUAACCGAGGCGGUCAAGUCAGCUCCUACCAAUGUUCCUGUCAACCAUGAGAUCAAGACUCUCUACACGAGCCAUGUCCAUACCGUCGCUCAGUGUCCUGCUGAGAACCCCAAUUGCCAGGUCGGCGCUGUCACUACCGAGAUCGCUUCGUGGACCACAACCAUUGUGCCUGCAAAGGAGACGCAGGGCAUUAAGGACUACAAGCCUGCUGGCGAACUCCCCAAACCCUUGACAGCUGGGCCUCAUCUCAAUGGCACAGUCUACACCAGCAUUGUCGUCCCUCCGGCCACGCUCAAGACCGCAACCAAGCCUGGUGUUUCUGGGCAGGCUAAGCCUACAUACAAGCAGCCGGCGCGCGAACAACCCUCGGGCGCCGCGGCUCCUACAGGCGGACACGACGAAGAGGCUCCUGUUGGGAUUCAUACUCCUGCUCACCUCACCCCCGUCACUGCCGGUGCAUCUUCGAUGACCGUCGGUUUGACUGCACUUGCAGGUCUUGUUCUUCUGCAAGUAUUCGCCUUUUAG